UACUUUUUCCUCAGUGAAUUACAUAUUGUAUUUACAGCUAAUGGGUUUAUGGUUUAUUAUUUUUGUAAAUCAGUGUCAUGCCAGAUGGAGUCUUUGUUAUUGCAAGAAUAAUGCAACAGAACUGUAACUUAAUGUCUAGUGCCCAACGUUCCUCGUUUGGUAAUGGGAGGUGGAGGAGUGAAGGUACUGGGAGGAGCAGUGACUCAACCCACAGCACCUAGUUUGUAAGGGUUCAGGCAAAGAGGAAGAGGAGAAAAGGGAUUAAAAAGAGGAGAGAUGGGCCGGAAGUCAGAGGACAGCUCCUCGCAGUAUGGAGAGCCGGCCGAAUAUGACCCAACCUUUAAUGGACCCAUACACAACAGGAGCUGCACUGAUAUGUUCUGCUGCUUCCUGUUCAUGGCUAUCAUCGCAGGGUACAUGAUUGUGGGAGUUUUGGCUUGGUUAUAUGGAGACCCAAGACAUGUUCUUUAUCCCCGGAACUCUACUGGAAUGUUCUGCGGGAUUGGACAAAAUAAGGGAAAACCGAACGUCUUCUACUUCGACUUGCUCAAAUGUGCCACAGCAACGAAUGUCAUGGCUGCUGCUCUCCAUGGGCUGCAGUGUCCCACCACGCAGGUCUGCGUUGAAAGUUGUCCCAGAGACUUUUGGGUUCUCCCUACAGCAGCAGAGGCUCCGGGUGCAAAAGCAAAAGAUUUCUUUCAGCAAAAAUACUGCGUGCCAUCUUUCGACCUGUCCACCACCAAUUUGACAGCCACAGAGAUUGUACAAAAAGAGCUUUGCCCAUCGUUCUACAUCCCAUCCUCCCCAGUGCUGGGGAGAUGUCUGCCCAGUGUCAGUUCUUUGCAGAACAUCCCCAGCACCUUCACUCUGCCUGGGAUGACCUCCGUGAACAAAACUGCCAAAGCUCUCAAAAAUGCCACAAGUGAUGUGCUGUCAGGGUUCAAUGCCAAACAUAUAGAGGUGAAGAUCUUUGAAGAUUUUGCCUCCUCUUGGUACUGGAUCCUCAUCGGUCUUCUGAUAGCCAUGUUGUUAAGCCUCAUUUUCCUCCUUCUUCUGCGGUUCGUGGCACCUAUCCUGGUUUGGCUUCUCAUAGUGGGAGUUCUGGGGGUGGUUGCCUACGGAAUUUGGCACUGCUACCGGGAGCAUAGCUACAGGGAUAUCACUAUGACCAUCGGCAACCUGACAUUCAGCUCCCACUUUUCUGCCUUUCUGGAUGUCAGGGAGACCUGGCUAGCAUUCAUGAUCAUCCUUUGCAUAGUGGAGGCCAUCCUACUCUUGAUCGUCAUAUUCCUGCGGAGCCGCAUUGUCCUUGCCAUUGCCCUGUUCCAAGAGUCCAGCAAGGCAUUGAGACACAUGUUAUCCACGCUUCUCUACCCAAUCGUCACCUUCCUGCUGCUGGUCGUGUGCGUUGCCUACUGGGGAAUCACCGCUCUAUACCUGGCCACGUCUGGAGCCCCCAUUUACAAAGUGGUGGCUCUCAGCUACUCAAGCAACUGUCAGGCUAUUAAAGGAACUGAGACCUGUGACCCGCUGUCCUUUAACUCCUCAGCCUAUGCACCCUGUACCUCUGCCCGGUGCAUCUUCAUCCGAUAUAAUGAAGAAGGCCUUUUCCAGCAGAACCUGUUCAAUCUUCAGAUUUAUAAUGUGCUGGCCUUCCUUUGGUGUGUAAACUUUGUAAUCGCGCUGGGCCAGUGCACGCUGGCCGGUGCCUUCGCCUCGUACUACUGGGCAUUCAGCAAGCCGUCCGACAUCCCCACAUUCCCGCUGUCCCAGGCCUUCAUCCGCUCACUACGGUACCAUGUGGGCUCCCUGGCCUUUGGAGCUCUAAUCCUCACCAUUGGCCAGGUUUGCAGAAUUUUGCUGGAGUAUCUGAACAGUAAAUUUGGAGCUCCACAGAACCCCUUUACGCGGUUCAUUGGGUGCUGCCUCAAAUGCUGCUUCUGGACUCUGGAUAAAUUCAUCAAGUUUUUGAACAGGAAUGCCUACAUUAUGAUUGCCAUAUAUGGAAAAAAUUUCUGUGUUUCUGCCAAAAAUGCUUUCAGACUGUUGAUGAGGAACAUAAUCAGGGUGGUGGUUCUGGAUAAGGUAACUGAUCUGCUGCUGUUGUUCUGCAAAAUUUUGGUGGUUGCAGGAGUUGGUGUUCUGGCCUUUUUCUUCUUCUCUGGGCGAAUCCCCCUGCCUGGCAACACCUUCCAGAAUGAAGCACUCAACUUCUAUUGGGUGCCCAUCAUCACUGUGAUAGUGGGAGCGUACCUCAUCGCCCAAGGGUUCUUCAGCGUGUACAGCAUGUGUGUGGACACCCUCUUCCUCUGCUUUUUGGAAGACCUGGAACGGAAUGAUGGCACAAUCCAGAAACCAUAUUACAUGUCUAAGAAUUUAUUGCGUAUCCUCCUUAAGAUGAACGAUGACCCAAAAAGGGGCAAAUGA